ACCCAAGCAAACACCACCAACAGCAACGACAUCAACAAAAUGACGGCAGCUCUAUUCUCACUUCCAAUUAAACUCGUGGAGAUGAUUUGCGCCUAUCUUAGGAAGGCGAACAUUGGCUCAUUACGCCUUGCCUACAGAGAGCUGUCCACUAAGACCAGGCCAGCCUUCUAUCUCGCCUGCUUCGAAACCGUUGAUUUAGUCCUAUGCAAAAAGUAUAUUGAACGCCUUGCGGAAAUCGCACGCCACCCACAAGCGCGAAAAGCCGUACGAAAGUUUAAAAUUCGUGGGAAUCCGAAGGGAUUCGGGAAGCGAGGUUUUGCCAGGAACUUCGAAGGUCAAGGGGAUUGGCGCCGCACGCCAUCAGGCUAUUUGGAGCCGCCGUUCCCUGUGGACAUCGAUCUGCUUCUGGGCCCGAUUCUCUCAGACGGCUUUUCAAACUGCCACACUUUUCAGCUGGAAUAUCUUCCCAGCGAUCACGACCGCAGCAACAAGAAAAUGGCUUCUGAGGGCGAUGCGCUUGCCAUCCUAUUGCGCUUCAUAGCUUCAUCCAGCCGACCAAUCUCGUCUUUUCAUAUUACAACGUGCGGAAGUUUAUCCCGUGUACCAGUCCCGCUUCUUCAAGACCUGUCAUUCACACGGCGAUGGCAAGAAAAUCUCCGGGAGCUUAUAUUCUCUCCCCCGCUGGUUACUCCGGAUAAAGUCUUGAAUAGCCCCGCCUCUCUGCUCAUAACAAAAGCAACAAACCUUACCAAGUUGACCUUGAAACUCUUUUAUCCUGGUUUUCUACGUCAGAUUUUCGUUUCAGCUCCUUCCUAGAGCCCCCACUUACGCAUCUCACGCUCUCUAACGUCCUUUCUCGUAUCGCUUUAUCUGAUUUUGAUGAUCUUCGCAGCUUCAUUCUUUUGUUUGAAUUAAGCUUACGUAGUAUCGUUCUCAGUGGCCUUCAUCUACCUCAUAAAGAUGCCUGGAAAAUUAUGCUUUCUACAUUGAAACAGGGGUUUCCUCGGCUCUAUCAGAUUUGUAUUAAUAAUUGGCUUUUACCCACUGACGAAGAAGCUGUAUUAGCUCUUCACUUUCCGGGUCAUGUUGGCAAAAGUGAUGAUAAAGUUGGUUUAGCUCUUUAUGGUAAGAAUCGGGAGGUAAUGGGGACCAUAUAUAGCGGCCCGGACAAAGGUACUGUGUUAGAGUCUUUGCUUAACGAGGGUCGUGCUCUAGCUUUCUUCUCGCCGUUAUAUAAUUAACUUAGUAUCUAUUUGCUGG